AUGGCCCAAGCCAAACUGCUCAACGCCCACAACUCGGUACGCGACAAAUCCAAACCGACCCCGAAAUCUUCCUCCCACCCUUCGAAAGCAGGGCCAUCCUCGACCCCAGCUUCGACGUGGACAUCGGGGUCGACGAAGGCACCUCUCUGCGCGACCAAGGCUGCCCAGCCUCAGCGAACGGUCUAUAAACCCGUUUUGGAUAAUCCGUUUCAGAUUGAAUGGUCAGCCUGGAUCGUAGGCCGAGUCGCGCCGAGUGUACUCGUACUGAUCGCUCGCUCCGUUGCCUGCAACAGGCCACCGCUCCCAUCCUCGUUGCGAAACCGCUUGCUGGACCUCUUGAUCGAGGCCUUACAACCGACCACGAGGGCUGAUGCUGCCGAGAACGGACAGAAGCAAGAUCUUUCUAUAUCAGAAUGGAGAGCAUUGUUGCACAAAAGAAAGCGCGAACUAGCUUCCAAGACGACGCGCCGAAAUCAGAAACUGAACCAGCGCGCCAGCGAACAGCAGGAUCAGCGCAAAGGCAAGCGCAAGGAGCAGGAUCCGACCGAUGCACAGCCCCCAUCUCGCCAAGCAAAACGUUCAAAAGCCAAGAAGGCCAGGAUCGAAACGUCAUCGAAAGAAUCAGAGCCAGCGGCAGCCUCCACCUCAUCCGCCAAGGCGACGAACGAUUCACCCCCACCCCCACCUACGCCGGCUGACUCGACCCAUACUCUCACUCUGCGCUCAUCCAAGACCGUCACCGUCCCCAACUUUAUCGACAAGCCUCUCGGAAUGCCCACCACGCCCUCAUCGAAGGAGGUGACUCUUCCUUCCAAGCCCAGCAUGCUCGACUCGCUCGUCGUCGGUAUCAAUGAUCUUACGCGCGCUUUGGAGAGUCAGAUCCGCUGGGCGAGGUGGGAAUUGGGAGACCGCGAGGCAGCGCCGAGCAUGAGGGUCGAAAAGACCCAACGACCAGAAGCCGUUCCAUCUGAUAAGCUCGACAAGGGCAAAGACAAGGAGGACAAGACGAGCAAGACCCGACGCAAGCAUCGAUCACCCGAAGACCACGCGCAAUGGGACGAGAUCCUCCUCGGACCGCACAUGACGCAGGAGCAGAAAGAAGUCGUCGAUGAACCCUAUCGCUUCUUGUUGGAUCCGCUCAGGAAUGAAUCGCUUGACCAGGAGGAGGCUGCUUACAUCAAGCGCUCUAAUGCGGUGAGCAAGAACGGAAGCGGAUCGACGUUCCCCAAGAUCCUCAACAAUUCGCUUGCCUUUCGGAUCAAGCCGCCUCGUUCUCCGGCUCCAGCGUCCGGCGAGGCACAAAGCAAGACCAAAAACAAACUCAGGAGCACCCCCAAGACCCCACCUCAAAAGACGGACCCGAGCGAUCCCUACUACCCCUUGAUCGAUCUUGUCUUCGUUUGUAAACCCGACAUCAACCCCGCUUCUCUCGUUGGUCAUCUCCCCGCCAUGUGCGCGGCGACGAAUGGGCUUCGAAAGGCCGUUUCGGUGGAGCGGGAGACGAGGAAAGAUGUGAAAGGGAAGGAGAAAGAGAACCCGGGCGACGGCGAAGAUGAGGAUGAGGACGGGAUGGACGUGGAUGAGAAGCAAGCUGCACAGGCGAGGGCAGAGGUAGAUGAGCCAGAUCGGUUCGUCUACUUGAUUCCUUUGGACGUCGGGGCAGAACAUCGCUUGGCUGAAGUCAUGGGCUUGCGAAGGGUUGCUGCGAUUGGAGUUUGUGUGAGUGUAGUGCAGCUAAGGGUGCUCUGUUCCGGAGGCCGUCAUUGAAGCUGACUCCUCUCGUCGGUCAAUUUGGUCGUUGCGCAGUCCUCCUCCGCAUCGACUUUCGCUCCGCUGCUCUCCCUCGUGCAAGAAAAUCUGCAACCCCUCUUCGUGCCCUGGUUGAACCCCUCACCCAAGCCCAUUCAAGCCAGUACCCUCACAUCCACCCCAGCUCCCAAAACCGAACCCAGAUUCAUCCCCACGCAUAUCAAGCACCUCAAGACGACCCAACCUCUGAACCCGAGGGCGGCGCAUGCGUUGAAGAAGGAGGGGAAGAAAAAGGCUCGAGAGGAGAGGAGGAAGACGCUGAGCAAGAAGAAGAGGAAGGAGGGGAAAGAGGAUGAGGUCUAUGUCGUGGAUGAGGAUAUGGAUCAUUGA